GCGUAUUUAAAUAAUAAUAACUAACACUAUAGACGCAGUACUACAAAUACCUGUUUAUACAAGGUAUGUAAAAGGUGAGACGUUAAUAAACUGUUGUACCUUGUACCAUGUACAAGUAUGUAGGGUUAUUUUAUGUGUUAACAUCACCUAUACAAGGAAUGAACUAAACUGAAAGAAUUCAAACAAAAUAUAUCAGGUAGUUAUGGCAGGCCUACUACAAGAUGGAUGGUCGAGUGGUGAUUCAGAGAACGGUGAUAUGGAGGAACAAGCAGAUGAUGAAAAGAACGAUGAUGUUGAAGAACCAAUGGACAAGUUCUUUCGAGAUAUACUGAAUAACGAUAUUACUAAAAUUCGUGAAAAAAUGAAUGAUCAUGGAUAUAAUGCUUUGACUAUUGGGUCGUACUGGGAUAUGGCGCUACAUUUUGCAGUUUUGAAUAGCAAGAUUGAUGUCAUUCGACUUUUUGAAAACCAAAUCAGAGGCAGGGAAGAAAUAAAUACUGUUCAUAUAAAGGAUGUGGAUCAGUGCGGAACCGCACUACAUAUAGCAAUGGACGGCCAAGUGUCGCUGGAGACAGUAGAGCUCCUGUUACAGUGGGGCGCGGACGUAAACGCCAGAGAUAUUCGAGGGGGGUCGGUUCUUCACGAACUUAUAGAUAUGUCCUGGGACGAUUUUGAGAAUGACUUUAAUUUAGAGAUGGCGAUCUCGUCCAACGGCGAGAAAGGGCAUAGCUAUUUGUCUAAGUUGGACCUUUUGCACGAAUAUAAAGCCAACAUGAAUAUAAUUCAUAGUUCUACGAGUUUAACCCCUUUACAUAAAUGGUGUCAACAAUUUGUUUUUUGUACAAAACAUUGUAGGGCUGUCAAUGAAAUUCCCAGAUAUUGCACGCUGUUUUUAGAGAGAUUAUUACAGUACGAAUGCAAUCCGACGAGUGUUGAUGAACGAGGGGAAAGUCCUUUGUUUUAUUUUUCACAAAGGCAUUACACAGAGAAAGACAUCGGCUACAUCAACGAUUACUCGCGCCUCUGUAAGAUUCUUAUCCAAAGGACACACUUAAAACAAAGAAAUAACAACGAUCACACAAUUCUACAUGCAGCAGCAGAAUUUUCUAACGUUGCCAUGGUAAAGGAACUGUUAACACAUACGGUUGAUGUUAAUGCUAAAGACAAAUUUGGAUUAACAGCUGCGCACCUUAUCACACAUAACAUUACAGCAGACGAAAAAUCAUUUGUCACCGCAAUUUUGAAAAUGUUGACAGAAAAUGGUGCUGAUCUAAAUAUCAAAGACAACCACGGAUCAACGCCUCUUCAUCAUGCAGUACAUAUGAAAAACAUCACAGCCAUAAAGUUUUUGAUGAACAACGGGGCAGAUAUCUCUGUUAAAGACAAGAAUGGCAUGGACGCCCAAGCACUAGCCACAGUCGAUGGAAGUGAUGAAGUUCAGACACGUUUAGGUGUAAUCUACAAGAGAUCUGCUUUACCCAUUAUUCCAGGAACAACUGAUGUAAGAUUUGGUUGGUUUUACCCUCUUUGCUGUCAUAUCACUUAUUCAGGAGAAUCCAAUGGAAUUGAAAACCCAAACGUUGUAAAAGAAUCUGAAAUUGAACGGUUUCUUGUAAAAUACCCACCAUGUUAUCACAAUCGCAGGUUCAUUAUACAAAAUUCUAUAACCUGCUUCGAAGAGAACGAAAAACAAUGCGAACUUAGUGAAAAGGACUUUGUCAUCAUAAAAGCUGAAAUAAGAUUAGCGAUGGAUCGAAUAGUAAAGCUCAUGGCAGACCAAAGCGAAGUGCUUCAGUGUGACGUAGUUAUGGGCGGGAGUAACGCCGAGGGGACAAAAGUGGGAGAUCCGGACGAAUUUGAUUUUGUAUUCAUUUUAAAGUACAUCAGUUUACACGUUAUUCCAAUAGAGGAAGAUGAUUUUAAAGGAUUUGUCAAAAUAAAAGCAAAAGAACCAGUAGCAUUUUCUUCAUUAUCGGAGAUAAUCUUCGAUUCCGAUGGUUUCAUAAAGCGAUCGGUAAUUAGCAACGAAUUUCAUAAACUUUUUGAAAAAUGUUUGCGCAGUAGGUGUGUUUGGGAAAGCACUGGGUUUUGCUCAUAUGCUGGUACCACGAACAGUGAGGGCGAAUGCUGGGAUAUUGGUCAACUUGACCUUAUUUGGUAUGGAGCUUUCAGAAAGAGACAAAAAAUCUCAAUUGAUAUUGUUCCAGUUAUUAAAAUUCCAGGUUGGCAGACAAAUCAUUUGAGAAGCACUGCUAACAUUCUGCAGAGUGAAACCCUCCAUAGCAUAGGAUGUUACUUGGUAAUGAAAGAUUCGCGAGAAGCGAUUGCUGCCAUAGAUCCAAGCAUAGGGGAAACCGAAUUUGUGAAGACCGAAGAUAUUCUAUACAGAAUCUCAUUUUCACAAAUAGAGCAUGCAGUAAUAUUCAAUUUACCCGAGGAAAUUAAAAAUGGAGUCAAACUUGAAAACAAUAUGCGCACAGGCCCCAGAAAUAGCUUGUGAAUUAGGCCAAAUACACACAGAUAAAGAGACUUCGUCGAAGUCGCUUCAUUCUGUUACCAGUAUAUUCGACCAGAUCACUAGUUACACCAUAAAAACUGCAUUAUUUUACAUUCUUGAAGAAGAAAAUUUCAAACUCAGUUUGACGAUGCAAGAGCUUCAACCAGAUCAUUGGAAUGACAUUGUAACGCCAUAUCGCAACACUGGAACUAAAACGAACGAUCUUAAGCGUGCGUUGUCAUGGAGCAUUAAGAUAUAUAAAAAGUUGCUUUCGUUUGCUGACAAUGAAAGUCAUGUCCCAGAUUACUUUUUGCCAUUGGAGCUGACUGCGUGCGUUGGUAACGAUAUGGUAAAGCACUCGUCAAACCUAUUGGCAAAGUUUUGUGCAAUUAUUUUGAGAUAUUUAGAAAAUUUUGAAAUACCAAACGAAUUUCUGGUACAAAAUGUCGAAUCGAUGUUCUGAUUCAUUGUGUACUGACAGGUACAUACAAAAAUCAUACGUUUAAGUCAUUUACAUGUUAACCAAUUUAAGCAGGGGUGCCACCAAUUGCCGCUAGAUCCAAAAUCUAGAAAGGUAGCAACCUUCGGUACGCUUUUGGCCAAUAUGAGACUGAACGACACAUAUUUGGGACCAAAUCAUAAACAAGACCUGUUUAUGAGAAUAUGUACAGGAUUUUUGGUGAAAUUUAAAUGCCUUAAUCAGAGAGAUGAUAUCCUUCUUUGAGGAAGGACCAUGAAAGAACAUAAUGAAAGCCUAGAAAAGGUAUUUCAGAGAGCAUUUAAUGUAUACAAAUGUCAAUUCGGAAAUCCAGAGAACCUGGCUUCUAUGGGUACGGUACAAAUUUACCAAACAACGGACUCAAACAGAGUUUGAAGUGCAAGCAGACAAGGGGAGCAAACCCUCAGAAUCAAGGAGGCGGUGCCGCAAAUUCCUCCUCUAUUCUUUCUUAACCAAUUGCAAAUGUUAUUCAUAUCAAUCGGUGAGUUGACAUGCCAAUUACAAUAAGGGAAAUACGCUGCAGUUCUACUAAAUCACAAUAAGGCAUUGUAAUGUAAUGGAGUUGUUUGUAGGUCUUAUAAUUAGAUUGGAGCUUUUGCUUAGGCCUAUACAAUACACAAUACUAACAGCAUCCUAAGAGAACUGACUACCCAGGACAAGAAACUCAAAUGGGACCCGAACGAGGAAAAGGCGUUCGAAACAAUAAAAGACAUAUAGCAAGUAAUAAAACAAUAGCAUACGUCGACCGUGUUUGUAAGAACGGAAGCUAGCUACAAUGAAGCGUUAUCAACAGGACUCCUUCAGCGAACCUCAAAAGGGUUCCAAUCAGAUCACUUUCAUUAGCCGGAUGAUGACUGACACUGAAAAAUGUUACAGUGAAACAGAGAAAUAUGCUCUGGCACUGAAAUGAAUUGAAAAAUCGGUGAUGGACAUGCAAUAUGUUGACUACGAGCUUGUCUAUCAAGGAAAGGAUGCAGCAGAUCCCCUAGACUUCCUUUCCAGACACCCUCUACCUAAAAAAGGUAGAGAACACACUAUCAAACAAAUAAUAGUUGACGAACAUGCAGUCGUCAUAGAUAGUGUGUACCCCUUUUACAAAAUACAAACAUGCAAUAAUCAAAAAUAGUGAAAAAAACCCAAUUGGCUGAUCAACAAAUAAAUUGCAAAUAAUCAUAAACAAGUUAAAUUGUCAAUUUGUGUUCGAUCUAUCAUGUAGACAUUACUUAAAUAAAUACAUUGACAACAGAUAUUUUUUAAAAGAUAAUUUUAAACCUUUGUAAGUUUCCAAUUUCUGUUUGUAUAUACCGCUUUCACAAAAUACAAACAUGCAUCAAAAAUUGUGGAAAAAAAAAAACACCAAUUGAUUGAUCAACAAAUCAAGUUGCCAAAAUAUCAUUUAUAUUCGAUCUAUUCUGUAGACUUAUAUUAAGUAUUUUGACAAUAGAUAUUUUUUAAAAGAUAGUUUUAGACCUUUGUAAGUUUUUCGUAAGAUAUGUGGCAUUUGGCAUGUAUGCGUGUAUAUAUGUGCGUAUGUGUAUGUGUGCAUAUGUAUGUAUGUGCAUGG